UACGUUUGUGAGUACAAGGGCCAGGUAAUACUGAAGGCAGCGUACAAGGAGGACCCAAAGAACUACUACGAUUUGUUACGGACGACUCGACCACACACACACUUCCACCCAGAGAUUGACUUGUGUGUUGAUGCACGGCGGCAGGGGUCUGAGGCACGGUUCGUUCGGAGCAGCUGCACAGCGAACGCGGUGUUGCGA